CUUUUCUCUCUCUCUGCUGUAAGAGAUCUCUCCCUUCCUUGGAUUCCAUUCUAGGGACUUUUCUCGGCACACUCAUAGCCGUGGUGAAAGAAAAACUUCUAGAAAAAACUCCCAAAAUCCCCUAUAUGCAAAUAUGGAUCAAGCAGUUACGGAAGGACUUCAAAAACUACAGCUAACAAAGGAAGAAGAAGAAGACAUCCUAAUUACUGUGGCAAAUCGGCAGGAGCUUCUUGAGGAAUGUCACCUCAGCCUGUUUGGACGAUUGUUGUCUAAACGUCAACAAAACCAACGGGCACUCAAAAAUACAUUAAGGUCAGUGUGGAAGAUGGGAUCUGAGUUAAGAAUUGUUGAGGUGGGGAACAACAUACUCCAAUUCAAGUUCAACUCCAAGUAUGAAAUGGAGUGGGUGGAGAGAAGUGGUCUGUGGAACUUUGAUAACAAUCUUCUUCUCUUGAGCAGAUGGAAGAAAGGAAUGACAACGGCAAACAUCACAUUCACUCACAGUCCAUUUUGGGUCCAGGUAUGGGGCUUGCCCUUUGAAUUUCUGUCUGAGGAAGUAGGGAAAGAAAUAGGAUGUAAACUUGGUGAGGUUAUAAAAGUUGAUAAACGAUCAUGGCAAGCAGACCAAGCCAAAUUCAUGAGGAUAAGGGUAAACCUUCCAAUUCAUAAACCACUAAGAAGAGGAGCCCAUAUCACCAAUGCAGAAGGAGGUCAGGGCAAAGGUAAUGUUGAAAAAGUAAGACCCACAAGUAGCAGAAGCUAUGAAUCAAUGGAGGAAGAAGUUAGAGAACCACGGUUUAGAAUGGAGCCAAAAAACAAAGACACAUACGUCCAAAUAGUGAACAAUGGAAAUGAGGCAAGGACAAGGAGUCAGAAUCUUGAAAAUAUGAAUGCAGAGAUGUCAGGCACCAUUGAGCCGAAUUUGUAG